AUGCCAUCCCCUUACCUCCUGCUCAUCUACGGGGACAUCAAUGGCAGGCAGUUUGAUGUGGCCGAUUGGAAAGCAGAUGGCUAUUUCAACGGUUCACUGCCAUACGACUCUGCUUUGCGAGAUCGUUCUCUUUCCAACUCGUAA